AUGGACCCCAAGCCGCAGAGCCUGGGCGGCUCGCGACCGGUGCCCAACGUGCAAGACCUGGCCGCGCGCCCCGCCGACGAGCUCACGCCGCCCGUGCUCGACCGCUACCUCCGCGACGACGUCGACGCCAACGACAACGGCGACGCGGGCGCCUCGGUGCCGGUGGUGGACCUCGCGAGGCUCCUGGACCCGUCGCACGGGGACGAGGAGGCCGCAAAGCUGAAGGCCGCCUGCGAGGAUUGGGGCUUCUUCCAGGUGCUCAACCACGGGGUCCCCGACGCGGUGAUCGCCGACGUCAAGGCGGACCUGCAGGCCUUCUUCCGCCUCCCGCUGGCCGAGAAGCGCGCGGUGGCGCAGGAGCCCGGCGGGAUCGAGGGGUACGGGCAGGCCUUCGUCGUCUCCGACGACCAGAAGCUGGACUGGGCCGACAUCCUCUUCCUCUUCACGCAGCCGCCCGAGUACCGGGCCCCGCGCUUCUGGCCGGCGCGCCCCGCCACGUUCGGGGACUCGCUGGACCGCUACUCCGCCGAGGUGCAGCGCGUCGCCACCCGCCUGCUGGCGGCCAUGGCGGCCAACCUGGGCGUGGCGGACGCCCGGAAGGUGACGAGGCUCGCCGACUCACAGUCCGUGCGGAUCAACUACUACCCGGCGUGCCCGGGGGGCGCGCACGGCAGGGUGUUGGGCCUGUCGCCGCACUCCGACGCCGUCGGGCUCACGCUCCUGCUCCAGGUCAGCGCCGUCCCGGGGCUGCAGAUCCGGCGGCACGGCGCGUGGGUCAGCGUCGACCCCAUCCCGGGGGCGCUGGUGGCCAACGUCGGCGACCUCGUCGAGGUGCUCACCAACGGGAGGUACAAGAGCAUCGAGCACCGGGCGGUGGUCAGCCCCACCCAUGACCGGGUGUCCAUCGCCGCCUUCCACUCCGCCAAGUUCGGCGGCACGUACGCGCCACUGGAGGAGACGAUGGUCGGGACCGGGUCGGGGUGCCACGGCGAGCCGCCGAGGUACAAAACCAUAGGCGUCGAGGACUACGUCCGGCUGCUGCUGUCUUGUAAGCUUGAGGGCAAGAACAUCAUGGACGCCAUGAAGAUCAAUCCCUGA